CAAAUGACUGGGAGAUGUUCAAAUCUCAGUCCCCCACCGCUUCUAUUGCCUCCCGUCGGCCCUCAAGUCUUCGCGCACGCACACAGAACUUGUUCAUGGCAGAAGAAACAAGUUGAAGAAAAACAUAUCCGCAGAGAAACAGAAGAGGGAGGGGGAGAGAGAGAGAGAGAGAGAGAGAGAGAGAGUGAGAGAAUCGAGGGUCCGUGAAAGAAAAUCUUGGGGGUCAAAGAAAAUUGGAAGAAGAGAAGCUGGUUCCGAAAGAAAGUAAGAGGUAGUGAAAAGAGACUUCUUGUGAGAAAAAGAUUUUAGAGAGAGAGAGCGUGUUGGGGCUGGGGGCUGGGGAUGUGAAUUUAGAAGCAGAGAAGAGCCAGAGAAAGGGAGAAAGUUCGUAUUUUGAAUUGAAGAAUCUGGAAGAAACGAUAUCGUUAUCUGCGGAGAAACCUGAAAUCCCUAGCCCCCCAACUGUGAAGAAGCUGUCUCCAACUUGGUCCGACCUCUGGCUCAAGAACACCAAGAAGCCUCUCAAGCAUGUGGUGUUGACCAUGCAGCUACAGUCCCUCUCUUCCCACACCAUCAAUUCCCCCCAAAUCUCCAAAACCCUAACCCCCAGUGUAUCCAAAUCAGAUCCCACCCUCCUCCUCCCCGACCCACUCCUCCUCAAAAUCCUCGCCGAACUCCCUGAUUCCCAGAGCAAACCCAACUCCCUCGUUUGCAAGCGCUGGCUUAACCUCCAAGGUCGCCUUGUCCGCUCCCUGAAGCUCUUGGAUUGGCAUUUUCUCGAGUCGGGUCGCUUGGUUUUUCGGUUCCCAAAUCUGACCCAUGUAGAUUUGGUUUCUGGGUGUUUGGUUUCGCCCCGAAAUUCGGGUAUUCUGUUGAGCCAUAGAGUUGUUUCGGUUCAUAUCGGAUCCACGUUCUCCAAGACAUGGAAGGUAUGCGAAGAUAGUCUGUUGCCUGCUGAGGUUAUUGAUAUGGGGCUAAACGUGUUGGCAAGUGGUUGCCCCAAUUUGCGCAAACUCGCGGUGAUUGGCGCUAGUGAAGUGGGGCUGUUGAAUGUGGCUGAGGAGUGCUCGACACUUCAAGAGUUGGAGUUGCAUAAGUGUGGUGAUGAUGCAUUGCGCAGCAUUGCCGCGUGUACGAAUUUGCAAGUCUUGAAGCUGGUUGGCAAUGUGGAUGGGUUUUUUAGUUCCAUGCUUUCGGAUAUUGGGUUAACAAUAUUGGCACGAGGGUGUAAGAGGUUGGUGACGCUCGAGCUUCAUGGUUGUGAGGGGAGUUUUGAUGGGAUUAAGGCAAUUGGGCAGUGUUGCCUAAUGUUAGAGGAAUUGACGAUUUGUGAUCAUAGGAUGGACAGUGGGUGGUUAGCGGGGCUCUCAUAUUGUGAAAAUCUCAAGACUUUAAAAUUUCAGUCCUGUAAAGGGAUCGAUCCCAGUCCGGGGCCAGACGAGUAUUUGGGCUGUUGCCCGGCUCUACAACGGUUACAUUUGCAGAAGUGUCAGUUGCGGGAUAAGAAUAGCCUGCGAGCGCUGUUUAUGUUGUGUGGGGCUGUGAGGGAGAUGGUUUUUCAGGACUGUUGGGGCUUGGAUAACGACAUGUUCAUCUUCGCUAGUACUUGCAGGAGGGUAGAGUUCCUAUCUUUGGACGGAUGCUCAUUGCUGACAACCGAAGGUCUGGCCUCUGUAAUUCUUUCCUGGAAAGAACUUCGAAGACUUAGAGUCGUCUCCUGCAAGAAUAUAAAGGAUAGUGAAAUUUCUCCUUCACUCUCUACCCUGUUUUCUGUUUUUAAAGAGUUGAAAUGGAGGCCAGAUACGAAGUCCCUUCUUCCAUCGAGUCUUGUGGGGACCGGCAUGGGAAAGAAAGGUGGUAAAUUUUUCAAGAGGAUGUGAGACAUGAAGCUGAUAACCGGAAUCUGCAGCUUAAUCUUACACAGAUGAUUCAGGCAAACAUUGUUAAAGGAGUUGUGACAAUGUACCAAUAUUCUGUAAUCAUUACGUUAAUUUAGAUGGUUAGAAUAGAUAUAGAUGUUGACAAAGAAAGAUUGUAAACAUCGUCCAUUUUGCCUGACCCACUUUCUCGGGGUUUCCCCCACCCGCCACAAUUUUGAUUCAACAGGGCAGAUUAUCUAGGUCAUAUUUUGACACUGUUCAGUCAAUAAUACUCGAGCAUGCUUGUAACGUU